GGCGCCGUGCCUGAGUUUGGUCUACCGAGAUGGAAAAAAAUCCCUCUUGAACAAAAAAUACCUAUGAUACCCGGACCCAAAGGCGCUUACAAUUUAACACGACGCAAAAUAGGGAGGACAUUAUGGACAACAGGCGGGUCAAAAACAGAUUUCGAUUUGAGCGAUCCUUACUGCCGAGAAAUCAGAUUUCCCUACGAACCUCUGCACGACGAGCAUCUGUACAAGUUCUUCUCCAGACCAUCUAAUUUGAAAUGUUUACUAAAAGCCGAUCUUAUCACGAAGAAUAUGGACGUGAAAUGCUCGCUGCGUGAUUAUAACGCGUAUAGAAAGUAUCUAAGAAAAAAACAUGCCGACUGUAUCAAAAGGGAAUUGAAAAAGAGGAAUUGUCUGUUCGUUGAGAAAACAGCCCUUCGUUUCAGUGAGGAUCAAGCGCGAAAAGAAGCGGAAAGAUUAAAAAAAAAGAAAAAAUUUGCCGAAGACAGACAACGUCUUGUUAAAGAACAACUGUUACAGCAGGAAUUGAAAGUCCAAAAGCAGAGAGAGAAAGCAUACAAAACGGUGCAGCGAUUGAAAUUGUUAAAACUCCUUAAACAAGAGGAACGAAGAUUGAAAAAUGUCAAGCGUAAAGAGCACGCCGAGAGGAUUCAACAAAGGUACAAGAUUGUUCGGCACAAGGUGAUCGAUAUUAAGGUGAAUUGGAAAAUAAAGAACAAAGCGCGAAAGAAAGCUAGGAACAAACGGCUAAUGGACAUCAAACAACAAAAGCGGAAAAUCAUGGAAGAAAGAUGGAGAAAAAAGCAACAUUUCCAAAAAGAAGAUAUUGCGAUACAAAAAAUGUUAUUGCAAUGUAUAGACACUCAACGUCAAAAGUUUAUAGAGAAUUAUAAUAAAAAAAUAAAUAAAGAAACCGCAAGAAUGCAAACGCAGAGUGCCAAGAAUCCAGUAAAUCCGUUAACAAUCCAUGGAUCGGUAUCUUUUGGCGACCAGAGUGAAAAGUUCAAUGUGUGCAAGACGAAGAUCCAAUUCGCCGCUCUAUCGUCGUUAAAGUCGGGAUGCAAACCAGUGUAA